CACCUUUGAUUAAACGUUUUAUUAUUAUUAAAUUAUAAUAAAAACUGAAUGUUAUAUAAAGAAGAGACCCAAAGUUAAUUAUUAGACAUUAUAAAAUGGCAUUAUCUUUAGCAAUUUAACAUAGUUACGGAGAUUUUUUUUUUUUUUAAAUGACGUGUACCGAACGCACCCACUUGACAUCCGACGCGCGUAAUGGCGCCAAAUUUGUUUAUGUUUUGCUAGACAACAAAAGUAUUUCUGUUUUUUUUUUGCUACAAAGUGCUUUUAAUAUAAUAAAUAAUUAUGCGAACCAGUCAGACGCAGUAUGAAAUGAUGGUGGAAUUCAUGGAAGCGUGAGUAAACAGUUUUAAUAAGUUUGAGUGGCAUAAACUUUAGUGUGAAGUAUUUUAAGUGCAAUGCUAUUUCUAUUCCAGAAACGGAGAUUUGUCAAAACCUUCAGGCGGCCCACGAGGUCGCAAUUUCAUAAAUAUGAAAUGGAAGGAGUUGUCAAAUCAAUUAAAUAGUGAAGGCACAGGCGAAUCAAGGUCUGAGGAGAAAUGGCGCAAGGAAGCUGCUGAAAUUUCUCAACCAUCAGAGAUGAGAGUUCCUGAUGCACAUGUGGAUGACUAUGAAAUAGAUUGGAAUAUUCCGGGCACAAGUAGUCAGCCAACAGUGGCUCCCCCUAGACCGCCGAGUCCACGAGAUGAAACCCCUGUUCUCCCAUCCACUGAGGCACAUCCUCCAUCUCCUAAA